AUGGCUUCCGCCACUGCAACCAAAUUCAACCGCAAAGCCCUAAUAGGAUCAUCCACAAGCUUUUGGUCUCACGCUUCGCAGUCAGGAUUCGAUCUUACGCAUCCAUCUACUCACUCUUCGCCGAUCUCCGGGCCUACUUAUACAAUCCAAACAUCAGCUCAGCCUAUCAAGGUUGACCCCGCUAAAUCCGCCCUUGUCAUAAUUGAUAUGCAAAACUUCUUCCUCUCCGAAGCUUUUGGUCGCAACCAACAGAGUGCUGGACAUGCCGCUUGCGAGCAACUUGUUAAGCAUGCAAUACCAGCUGCAAGAAAAGCAGGAAUCCGGGUGGUUUGGGUAAACUGGGGCCUUACAGAAGAAGAAGUCAAAGAAAUGCCGCCGGCAGUCAAGCGUGCUUUUGGCAGUGUGAGUGUGGAUUCGCAUGGAGAGGAAAAUAAGUCUAUGUACUGUGGCAUAGGUGCAGACUGUGGGACACUUGCACUUCAAGAUGGGAAAUCCGUUUCUGCUGGUCGACUGCUCAUGCGUGAUACUUGGAACGCUGCACUUUACCCGCCUCUUGACGCCAUGUACUCUGAGGGUAGCAAGCUUGAUAGUAGGCCCGAUGUUUGGAUUCACAAGAAUAGAAUGAGCGGCUUAUGGGGUGCAACAACCCCGCUGAAAGAGUUUCUCGACCAAGAGGGUAUCAGGACACUGUUCUUCACUGGGGUCAAUACAGAUCAGUGUGUAGGCGGGACUUUGACGGAUGCUUUUAGCAAUGGAUAUGAUUGCGUUCUUCUGAGUGAUGGCUGUGGGACUAGCUCGCCAGAGUAUGCACAGGAAUGCUGGGAGUAUAACGCAAGUAGGACGUUUGGAUUCUGUGCGAGCUGUGAGCAGUUUGCAAAUGGUGUGGUGGGCUGA